AUGAUCGACCUAUACGCCGCAACAUGUCCAGUUAACCCAAUGCAACGGUGCUCCGAGAUUGGCUUUGCCAAGGUACACCAAAAGUCCACUAUCAUGGGCUCGUUGCCUCCAAGAACCAUACGUGAAACCCUCGCUGAGCGCAGCCGACCGAUUGCUGUCCACCUCAGCGAGCUCAUCAGCCGUGAAAACCAGGAUAUCAUUCUCGACUAUCGGACACUGAAUCCACCUCCAAUCUUCAUUUAUCACCCGAUCUAUGGGAAGCUGUUGGCUGGAAUCAGCGAUGAUCUUACGCACCCUCCGCUCGAGCCCCAAGAAUUCAAGAACGCGGCGGACUUCGUUGGUCGAGCGCGUAUGUAUGGCUCAAUCGAGUCACUUCAACUCCAAGAUAUUCUGUAUGAGGAACUCCUCUCGAACUGUACCACUUCGAUCGAAGAUUCAAGCGAAUUUCAGCCGUCACCCUUGCUUAUCAAAGUGAAAUCGGCGGAUGAAGAGACGGACCCUGCCACCUAUGUGGAGCGCAUGUAUGUCGAUGCGUACACCUCAAAAGAGGCGUCGGGGAUACGUCAAGCAUGUUGUUGUCCUACGCUGCUCGUCGCAUGCACCGGCACGUACAUCCAGGUGCUCGGCGCUGCCUUCGCGGAUCACAUCAUCAUCCAACCACUCACCGGCUACAUCUCGCUCCUUCCGCACCCCGGGAUCCGACGAGGGGAACCUAUGGGCCACGCAGUGUUGUCGCGUGUCGCUCUCCUCUUCCGCGCACUGCGCGCCGCUCGCGCGGAGCUCGACACCUACUACGCCGACAUCGUCUCGUCCCUCGCCACCACGCACCCGAACCCAAGCCUGAUCGCUCCCUUCUGGACCCAGUUCGUCCAUCCCGAGCACGGUCCGGUCUUCCUGGAGUAUACCGGCCGCAUCGACGCGGACGCGUACCCCAGCCGAGCCGUGUUCACCGCGCGCGUCGUGGCGAUCGACAUGGAGCCGACCGAGGUCGUGGUCAAGUUCGCGUUCCAGUACGGCGUCGAGGGUCACGCGCUCCUCGCGCCCGACUUUUCGCCGCGCUUGUGGCACUGCGCAUGGGAGGAGAGCGUCGGGAUGUGGGUCAUCGUCAUGGACCACGUGCGGGGCUCGCCGCUCGCAGAGCACGAGAUUCUCACUCCGACGCAGGGCGAGAAGCUGAGGGACGCGGUGGGGCGGCUGCAUGCUGCGGACCUGGUAUUUGGGGACUUGCGCAAUGUGAACGUGCUCACGGUCGGGGAUGACGACAUUCGGCUCAUCGACUUCGACUGGUGCGGCAAGGUCGGGGAGGCGCGGUACCCGCCAGAUCUAUACAUGGGCCACGACUGGCCCAGUGGAGUGCACUGCGGUGGUCUGAUCGAAAAGGCACACGACUUGCAGUGGGUGAAUGAGCUCACGGGAGUCGAAUGA